UCGAAUGCACCUAAUUUACCCUUACGAAUAAUCGUAGAUAGAUACUGUGUGCUAAGUACACGUAUCGCUAACCUGAGCCUAUGCUAAACAUGUACUAAGGAAAACUCGCGGAGAUUUCUUCAAUGCCUGCAUUAAAUGUUAACCAAAAAGAAAUAACCAAAUAGAUAAUAUGUCAUGACAAUGAUUGCAAGAGUGUUGCCGCUGCAAUUGCCCGCCUGAGACUCCUCCAGAGUCCAGACGAGAGAGGACCUCGUGAACGAUGAAUGAAUACAGACUAGAGGAACACAUCGGUGACGGUGCUCACGGUCACGUGAUAAAAGCUUUUUCGCAGCAAACCAACAAAUGGGUGGCACUUAAGAAAAUUCGCUGCAAAAAGUACGGCGGCGGUGGUGGUGGUCAAAAUGACACAACUGAUAACGUAUUCAGAGAGAUAAAAAUUCUGUCAACCAUCGAUUGUAAAUAUGUGGUGCAACUAUUGGAUUAUUUUGUCGACGAACGCGAAUGCAAAUGCGAAUGUGGGGUCGUACUGGUAUUCGAAUUUAUGCCCAGCGGUCUAUGGGAAAUAUUACACGAUUUGCAAAACCCUCCGAGCAUCAGCGUCCUCAAAACUUACAUGCGAAUGUUGCUACAAGGUGUUCAAUAUCUUCACGAGCAUGGCAUAAUGCACAGAGAUUUAAAGCCAGCCAAUUUACUUAUCAGUGGACGAGGUAUUCUGAAAAUAGCCGACUUGGGAUUGAGUCGAAUGAUGUGGCGAGGUCAAGACGAAGGCAGACCAUACACUCCGCAAAUUGCAACCAGAUGGUAUAGAGCGCCCGAAGUUCUGUACGGUUCACGUUUUUACGAUCAUUCGGUCGACCUGUGGGCAAUUGGAUGCAUUUUAGCUGAAAUGAUCACUAAAACGCCUUUAUUUGCGGGUGAAAACGAUAUCGAGCAGUUGGCCAUUGUAGUACAUAGUCUGGGAACACCUACACUUGAAACAUGGCCGGCCAUCGAGCAUUUGCCGGAUUACAGUAAAAUUACAUUCGCACCGAGUUCGGGGAAACCGUUCCAGCAAUUAAUUCCCGAUGUCGAUGAUGCCUGCUUUUUAGAUUUGAUCAAAUCUUUCUUGAAAUACGAUGGAAACAAACGCUCUUCAGCUAAAAAGGCGUUAACCCACGCGUAUUUUUUCAAAAGACCUUUACCAUUGGCAGAACGAUCGUUACCGGUUCAAAGACACAACCAUCGUAAUAUGAUUAGAAAUCAACUAGGAUCAAAUGCUAAUGCACGCUCUUCGGCUACAGAUACUCGCCGAAGUUCUUCGUCAACAUCGACUUAUGAUAGUUACUUCGAUGCUAUGCAGUCGUUCGUUCAACAAAAUUGACAUCCACAAAUUCGUUCAAAUCACGAGAAAAUAGUAUUCAUCUACCAACCAAAAAAAAAAAAUUGCUAAACUUUCGAUGAAAGUAGCUCGAAAUGUAAAAUCUUUUCAUAAUGUUGUUAAAAGGACUCAAAAAUACCAUUAAAAUCAAUAAAGAAAAUUUACCAAAAAGCCAUAAAAUUUCAAUAGGUAGAUACCCUAUUGGCCAAAACAGUACAAAAAGGUGACGAAAACCUUUCAAAAUGCAGUAAGCACAAUCGAAAAAAAUAAAAUAAAAUUCCUGUAGAAUUUCCCUAAAAUGUGGGAAACUUUAGCGUUGAAAAAAUAGGAAUGUAAGUAAAUCACUAACGAAACAAUUUGAUUAUUGAUGUUACUUGGAGAUUCUAUGUAAUAGUAACAACCUUGAAGACCCCUGAAUUACUGACUCACUCCGUUGAUCAGGUGUUCCUGUUCCCUCUAAAUUAUCGUGUAUUCAAACUUGUAAAUGAUGAAUAAUUAUUUUGAAUUAAAAAAUAUAAACGUUA